AUGAAGACUCGAUCAGCACCAGUGUCAAAAUCGAAGAAGCCUGAAGACGAGGCGCAGACUAAAACCCUCGUUGCGGCGGAGAAACCAAGCAAAACGUUUAUCCUCCCAUCCUCCAGCGGCGACAAUGCGCGACUUCUCUCCCUGCCAGAUCCCCAAUCAGGAGAGCUAACACGCUACUUCUUCUGUCCGGAUCGCGGUAUAUACGAAUUUACUGUUGUUGCCCCGCCGGCGCAUAUGGCGCGCAGUAUCCUGUUCACCCCUCGCACGCGCAAAACCCCGAGCCCGUUGGAAGAGGAGAAAAAAGACUCCGAUGAGCCCUCCGUACAUGGCUCAAUCACAAAGAAGGCAGAGUUCCUGGUGGCAACCCCAAUCGAUGCGAUGUUUUUCAUGAUUCCAUUGUUGGCACCUUCCUCGAAAUCAGGCCGUUCUCUUUUCCAACCAUUCGACGAUAUAAUCGACUCCCAAGACGAUGUGCCCAAGCAUCUGCGCCAAGUCCUUUAUAAUGAUGAGUUCCGGGGCUUACUCCUAGCACGAGCCGAGGCUAUCUGUGAAGUGGUCGAGGCUGGUGAUGAGAAGAUGUUCCGGUUCAAUGAGACGAAGCUUGUUCAGGAGUUGAUCACAAAAGCAGAACGCAUGGCGGAUCGAGGUCUUCCUGUGAGUAUGGAAGAACAUUUUGUCCGUCAGGCACUAGCUACGCCCUUGAUGUCGGUCAAACGAGAAGAUGUUGCGACUAGCCAAGACCCAUCCAAUGAGAGCCAGGAAACAUCGAAACCCGAGGAGAGGCAGGAUUCACCCUCGACUGUCGAUACAACUGCGACCCCGUCUGUUGCGACACCUGUAGGGGAAUCGACACCCGUGCCACAGCCACCGAGCGAACAAUCGACAGCUACGGAUCACAUCACUCGUCUCCUCCGGAUUUCCACUGCACUAUCCUUCAUGAAGGAGUCAUACCUACCCGCCACUAUUGCCUUAAGACUAGAUGAGAUCCUCACUUCCGCGGAGAGCCCGAUCGAUUUCAAGCCGCUGCAAGACCGUCUCAAGGAAAUUGCAGAGCUUCGUGCUACAGCUCUCGCAUCACGCGACAUGUCCAACUUCAGUCGGAAACGAGCCCUUGAUGACGAGGAAGAAGAUAUACGGGGCGAGAAGAAACGCCGCAAGGAAGAGGAGGAGAAAAAGUCCAAAGCUGCGCAAUCCCAAGCUGUUAAGAAUCUGAAGAAGGUCAACACGAGCGGGAUGCAGAAAAUGAGCUCUUUCUUCGCCAAGGCUGCACCCAAGAAGAAGACUUGA